AUGCUGGCACCAGGUGUGGCGCUUAUUGGCGGUGUCGCCGGUGCUGUAAGAUCACUGCCAUCCUUUCUUACCGCUAGUGCAAGCGCUAUUUGGGACCCUACAAAUGGUGAUGCUGUUGCUGCUGUAGGUGAGAUAACUGCACCUGUGGCACUGGAGCAUAUGAAGCAGUCCAUGAUGGCAGAGCGCAGUGGCCGAAUGAUCCUAAAGAAUCAGCCAUGUGUUACAGAUGAGACACUCGCGUUUGCUAAUAAACAGGCCCCAGGUACGUUUGGGCAUCGCUACGCACUUUAUAUGAAUUAUAAUCACUUUCUACCAAGCGGUCGCACACCUGUUACACGUGUAGCGGACCCAACACUUGCGUACGUGAUGCGGCGUUACCGUGAGACGCACGACUUUUUGCAUGCGUGUACCGGUUGUGGUCGUACGGUAGAGGAGGAACUUGCAGUAAAGCUUCUGGAGUGGCGCCAUACACGUCUCCCGCUGGGGAUCCUCUCAAUUCUUGGUGGUAUGCCGUCUCUUAGCACACAACAGAUGCGAAAUAUGUCACUCUAUUAUGAAUGGGCGGAGCUUAAUGCUCCUGAUCAGCGUCAUAAUGGGCGACACAUUCCAUGCCUUCUUAACGUGCACUGGGAAUCAUACCUCAACAGACCAUUUGAAGAGCUACUGGAGGAGAUUGGCAUCACUCCCAUUGAUGUUUUCUUGCGGGAACGCCAGAGCAAGGAAGCAGUGGGAAAAAGUGAUGCUACCAAAGCUGCAUGA